AUGUCCCUCCCAUUAGAAUACGAAGUCACCUUGCCAGAUGGCACCAAGUUCCAACAGCCAUCCGGUUUGUUCAUCAACAACGAGUUUGUCAAAUCCAAGGCUGGUAAGACCUUGGACUCCAUCAACCCAGGUACUGGUGAGGUCAAUGGCUCAGUUUACGCUGCCGAAAAGGAAGAUGUGGACAUUGCCGUGGCCGCUGCCCGUGCCGCAUUCAAGCCAUGGAAAAAGAUGAACAACGCCGAAAGAGGACAAUUGCUCUUCAAAUUCGCUGACGCUGUGGAAGCCCAGCUCGAAAAGCUUUCCUCCAUUGAGGCCUGGGACUCCGGUAAGACCAGAGACCUCAAUGCCCUCGGAGACGUGGAAGAGAGUGUUGCUGUGUUCAGAUACUACGCGGGCUGGGCCGACAAGAUCCACGGCCAGUCCAUCCACCCCAACCCAUUGAAGUUGGCUUACACCCUCCACGAGCCAAUUGGUGUCUGUGGUCAAAUCAUCCCAUGGAACUACCCAUUCUUGAUGGCUGCCUGGAAGUUGGCCCCAGCCUUGGCUGCCGGUAACGUCGUUGUCCUCAAGACCUCGGAAGUCACUCCAUUGUCGUUGUUGCACCUCGCCAAGAUCUUCAAGGACGUUGGUUUCCCACCAGGUGUGGUCAACAUUAUCACUGGUUACGGUGCUACCGCUGGUCAGGCCUUGGCUGAACACAUGGACGUCGACAAGGUCGCCUUCACCGGUUCCACUGCCACCGGUAAGCUCAUCCAAAAGGCUGCUGCCGCCAACUUGAAGGCCGUCACCUUGGAAUGUGGUGGUAAGUCGCCAUUGAUUGUCAGAGCCGACGCCGACUUGGACCAAGCCGUUAAGUGGGGUGCCGAAGGUAUCAUGUUCAACAACGGUCAAGUGUGUACCUCUAACUCCAGAAUCUACGUGCACGAAGAUGUCCACGACGAGUUCGUGAAGCAACUUGCUGCUCACGUCCAAGAAAAGUACAUCCAAGGUGACGUUUUCAACUCCCUGGCCCUUGUCGGUCCACAAGUGUCCAAGCAACACUUUGAAAAGAUCAUGUCCUACAUCGACAUCGGUAAGAAGGAAGGUGCUAACGUCGUGCUUGGUGGUGAACAAAACACCGAAGGUGACUUGGCCAAGGGUUUCUUUGUCAAGCCAACCAUUUUCACCAACGUCACCCCAGAAAUGAGAAUUGUCAAGGAAGAAAUCUUUGGUCCUGUUGUGAGUAUCGGUAAGUUCUCCUCCGAUGAAGAGGCCAUCAAGCUCGCCAACGACACCGAAUACGGUUUGGGUGCUGCCAUCUUCUCCACCGACAUCACCAAGGCCCACAACAUGGCCCAUGACAUCGAGGCCGGUAUGGUCUGGAUCAACUCCUCCAACGACUCCGACGUCCACAUUCCAUUCGGAGGUGUCAAGAGCUCCGGUCACGGUAGAGAAUUGGGUGAGUACGGUUUGAUCAACUACACCAACACUAAGGCUGUCCACAUCAACUUGGGCAAGAGAUAUUAG